AUGCACCAUCUGCUGGGGCUGAUCCACAUCAACUGCCAAAGACCUUCAACUGCAUGGGGGGAGAUGACAAGAGGAACUCACCACCUCAGAACACCAAAGGAACAUGUAGAACUUAAUGACACAAACGUGUUAAUGUCCAAAUUGCUUCCAUUUGUUUCUUGUGUCGUAAAAUUUCACGAUGUGAACGAACGGCACAACACCAAUGUACCUUUGCAUCCACCACUGUUGAUGCUUAUGCCCACUGCCGUCUCUACUUUUUGUCACGGCCAUCCUCUUGAAUACAUAGGACUUAAUGAUGCGAAGAUGUUAUUGUCCAAAUUCCUUUCUGACAUUAUUGGUUUCUGUAUACUGAACUUGAAUCCAGAUGAUAUCACAUGGUCAAAAACAAAUGCAAACAGACCUACUGCGCAGGAGGAUCAUUCUGAAAUGAGGCUAAAUGAUCAUUCUGAAAUGAGGCUAAAUUCAAAAAUGAAUGCAAACAACUUUACCACCAAGGAGUCCCUACCUAGCUCUGCCACUUCUGGUCCAAAUGACAUGGUUUUUCUUGCAGGUUUAAAGUAG